UCAUUUGCUCAGUCUAAUCAACAUGAUCAGGGCACAGUAACAUUGGUAAGAGACAAUAUUUAGUUAAUCAUACAUUUUAAUGAAUGCUGUCAGCCAAAACUCUCUUUAAAAAGCUGCGUGAAGUGGCACAUGUCCUCACAUUUUGCAGACAUGAGGGAGCUCGUGCUAGCUUUCGUCGUGGCCCUUGUGGCGGGCAAUCAAGUCAACUAUGUCCCCUGGUUUGCUCCUGGAAAGACCUAUGAGUACAAGUAUGAAGCUCAUCUUCUGGGCGGCCUGCCCGAAGAGGGCUUAGCACGAGCAGGGAUGAAGAUCCAGAGCAAGGUUUUGAUCAGUGCAGCUAGUCCCGACACCGUUGUUCUAAAGCUUGUAGACCCUGUCAUCUAUGAGUACAGUGGCAUCUGGCCAAGAGAUGUUUUCACCCCAGCCACCAAGCUCACCUCAGCCCUGACUGCUCAGCUCGUGACACCCAUCAAGUUCGAAUAUGCCAGCGGUGUGGUUGGUAAAGUGUUCGCACCAAUAGGUGUUUCUGAAACUGUGCUGAAUAUCCACAAGGGAAUCCUCAACAUCCUUCAGCUGAACAUCAAGAAGACACAGAAUGUGUAUGAGUUGCAAGAGCCUGGAGUCCAGGGUGUGUGCAAAACCCAUUAUGUCGUGAGUGAGGAUUCAAAGGCUGAACGCAUCCAUCUGACAAAGACCAAGGACCUGAAUCACUGCCAAGAGAGAAUCUUCAAGGAUGUCGGCUUGGCCGGUUACACAGAGAGAUGCUCUGAGUGUGAAAAUAGAGGAAAGACGAUGAAGGGAGCAGCUGCGGUUACUUAUGUCAUGAAGCCCUCAGCCUCUGGUGCCUUGAUCAUGGAGGCAACUGCAACAGAGCUCAUCCAGUAUUCACCUGUAAACAUCCUGAACGGUGCUGCACAGAUGGAGGCAAAACAAAUUUUGACCUUUUUGGACAUCAAGAAAGUGCCAGUGGAGCCCAUGAAAGCCGAUUACAUUCACCGUGGGUCUGUGCAAUACGAGUUUGGCACCGAGCUGCUCCAGACACCAGUUCAGCUUCUGAGGAUCACUAACGCAGAGGCUCAGAUUGUGGAAACAAUGAACCGCCUAGUUACCCUCAAUGUUGGCAAGGCCCAUGAAAAUUCUCCUCUGAAGUUUAUUGAGCUCAUCCAGCUCCUGCGUGUGGCCAGAUAUGAGAGCAUUGAAGCCCUCUGGAGUCAGUUCAAAGCUAGAAACGACUACAGGCACUGGAUGCUGAGUUCCAUCCCAGCCAUUGGGACAAACGUCGCUCUCAAGUUCAUCAAGGAGAAGUUAAUUGCUGGAGAACUGACCGUUGCUGAAAGCGCUCAGGCCCUGAUUUCAUCUGCCUUCCUGGGCCUGGCUAUGACCCCCAAGGUUAAAGAGGACCCAGUUUUGCGUGAGAUUGCCAUGCUCACCUUUGGAAACAUAGUUUAUAAAUACUGUUCAGAGAAUCCAUCUUGUCCAUCUGAACUUUUGAGGCCGAUACAUGAAGUCGUCAUCCAGGCCCUUGAAAAACGUGACAUGGAUCAGCUCACUUUGGCUCUGAAAGUUCUGGGCAAUGCUGGACACCCUGGCAGCCUUAAGACAAUCAUGAAACUCCUCCCUGGCUUCGGUAGCACAGCUCCCAGCCUACCCCACAGAAUUCACAUUGAUGCUGCUCUGGCCCUCAGGAAAAUUGCGAGGAAAGAGCCCAAACUGAUCCAAGACAUGGCUGUCCAGCUGUUCAUGGACAAAAACCUCCAUCCAGAGCUCCGCAUGGUUGCUACUAUGGUGCUCUUUGAGACUAAGCUGCCCAUGGGUCUGGUGACUACUAUUGCUCAGAACCUCUUGAAGGAAUCAAACCUGCAGGUCGCCAGUUUUGUUUACUCUUACAUGAAGGCCCUUGCCCGGACCACCACCCCUGACUAUUCGUCUGUGGCUGCUGCCUGUAAUGUUGCUGUGAGGAUCCUCAGCCCAAAACUUGACAGACUGAGCUAUCGCUUCAGCAGAGCUUUCUAUUAUGAUACCUUCUACAAUCCCUGGAUGCUGGGUGCAGCUGCCAGUGCCUACUACAUCAAUGAUGCAGCAACUGUGAUGCCGAGGUCCAUCAUGGCCAAAACUCGCACCUACGUGGCUGGAAUUUAUAUUGACAUUUUUGAGGUUGGAGUGAGAACGGAGGGAGUGCAGGAAGCGCUGCUUAAAGUCUCUGAUGUCUCAGAAAACGCAGACAGGAUCACCAAGAUGAAACAAGUCAUUAAGGCUCUUUCUGAGUGGAGGACUUCUCCCUCAAGCCAGCCCCUGGCCUCUGCAUAUGUGAAGAUAUUCGGACAGGAAAUUGCAUUUGCAAACAUCGACAAAACCAUUGUUGAACACAUUAUUCAGUUUGCAAACAAAGCUGAAGUUCGCGCAUAUGGCAGAAAGGCUUUGGAUGCUCUUUUGGCUGGUUGCAACAUGCAUUACUCCAAACCGAUGUUGGCUGCUGAGAUUCGGCGGAUCUUCCCCACCUCUCUGGGUCUUCCCAUGGAGCUCAGUUACUAUACUGCUGCUGUGGCUGCUGUAUCUGUUGGAGUGCAGGCCGAAGUGUCACCUCCUCUGCCUGAGAACUUCAAUCCUGUUCAGCUACUAAAGUCUGAUAUAUCUGUCAAGGCUUCAGUAUCUCCAAGUGUUUCCUUGGAUACUUAUGUGGUUAUGGGUGUGAAUACUGCUUUCAUCCAAGCUGCUGUGAUGACAAGAGCUAAAGUCCACACAGUUGCUCCAGGCAAGAUGGAAGUAAGAGUUGACAUGAUUAAAGGCAACUUCAACCUCAAGCUGCUGCCGGUUCAGGGCGUGAAUACCAUUGCCUCUGCACUUGUGGACACAUUUGCUGUUGCAAGAAACGUGGAGGACAUCGCGGCCGCCAGAAUUACGCCAGCGAUCCCGUCCGAGCCCAUGACACUGUGGAACUCCACCUGGCAGACUUCCAGGAUGUCGUCCGCCAUGGACGAAAGCGCUUCUGCAUCAUCUGAAACCCUUCCUGCUGAUCUGUCAAGACAAGUUAUCAGCAAACUGAAACUCCCUAAAGCUGUACUGAACCAAUUUUGUGCUGCAAGCCAAACAUUUGGAAUUAAACUCUGCACUGAGGCUCUGUCACGCAAUGCCUCCUUCAUCAGAGUCAGCCCUAUCUACGCCAUAGUCGCUCCUGGACCGGCUGUGGAGAGGAUUGAAAUUGAAGUUCAGAUUGGAGAGAAGGCAGCAGAGAAGGUCAUUAAAGUGAUCACCAUGAGUGCGGAGGAGGAAACUCUGGAAGAUAAGAAUGUUCUGAUGAAACUCAAGAAGAUUCUGGUUCCUGGGCUGAAGAACGGCACUCGGGUUUCAUCCAGCUCCAGCAGCUCUCGGUCAACACGCUCUCGAUCUGAUAGCUCCAGUUCAAGCUCCUCCUCAUCUGCAUCGUCCAGGUCUUCCUCUAGCUCCUCCUCACGCCGCAAGAGCAAGAUGGUUGAUGGUCUUGACCGGUUCACUAAGACAUCAAAGAGGUCUUCCAGCAGUUCCUCCAGCAGGUCGAGCAGGUCAUCCAGUGGUUCAUCUUCCAGCUCUAGCUCCUCCAGGUCAAGCUCCAUGUCAAAGCAAGAACUUUAUGAAAUGAACUUCACCAAGAACCACAUUCACCAGCAUUCCAUCUCUGCAGAGCGGUCAAAGAGCAAAAGCAGUGCCCAGAGUUUUGAAAACAUCUACAAUAAGGCCAAGUACCUUUCGACCAGCAUCUCUCCUGCUGUUACCGUUCUCAUCCGUGCUGUGAGAACUGACCACAAGAACCAGGGAUACCAAAUUACAGCUUACUAUGACAGAGAAAAUGCCAGGGUGCAAGUCAUUUUUGCCAACCUCACUGAGAACGACAACUGGAGAAUCUGUGCAGAUGGUGUGAUGCUGAGUAAACACAAGAUGAUGGCCAGGGUUGCUUGGGGCAUCGAAUGCAAGAAAUACAACACAACAGUUAUUGCAGAAACUGGCCUUGUGGGUAAAGAGCCUGCUGUCAGUGUUAAGAUGGCUUGGGGUCGACUCCCAGAGAGCAUGAUGAAAUAUUCAAGGAGGGUUUCCAAUUUCCUUUCUGGCGUCGCUGUCAAUUACGGCGCAAACCAGACAAUGGUCAAAAAUGCCCCGAAACAGAUUAAACUGACUGUGGCUGUCGCUUCUGAGACAAGCCUGGAUGUUGUGCUAAGGACACCAAAGAGCACCAUUUACAAACGUGGAAUGGGUGUUCCUGUUUAUCUGCCAGUUGGAGACACGGCUGCUGAGCUUAGAGGAUACUCUGACAGCUGGAUUGACAAAAUGUCAUUUGUGCUCACCAAGACCCACGCAGCUGAGUGCACAAUGGGCAAUGAAACGCUGAUGACGUUCAACAGGAGGAAAUAUAAAACAGAGAUCCCCCACUCGUGCUUCCAGGUUUUGGCUCAGGAUUGCACAUCAGAACUCAAAUUUAUGGUUCUCCUAAAGAAAGACGAAACGCAGCAACAGAAUUUGAUCAAUGUCAAGAUUGAAAACAUUGAUGUUGACAUGUACCCUAAGGACAGCGUGCUCAUGGUGAAGGUUGAUGGAGUAGACAGCAAUUUGCCAUAUAAGCAUCCAGCAGCAAAUAUACUGAUCCAGCAGAGAGGGGAGGGCAUUGCUCUGUAUGCUCCAAGCUAUGGCCUUCAAGAGGUUUUCUUAAACACCACUGCCAUGAAGGUUAAAGUUGUGGACUGGAUGAGGGGCCAGACAUGUGGACUCUGUGGGAAGGCUGAUGGUGAAGUGAAACAGGAGUAUCGUACGCCCAACGAACGGGUGGCCAAGAAUGCCACGAGCUUCGCUCACUCCUGGGUUCUGUCGGGACAGAGCUGCCGCGAUGCAUCCGAGUGUCACAUGAAGCUUGAAUCUGUAAAGCUGGAAAAGAAGGCCAUGCUUCUGGGUGAGGAGUCCAAAUGUUACUCUGUGGAGCCUGUCCUCCGCUGCCUGCCAGGAUGCAUGCCUUUGAGAACCACCACCGUCUCUGUGGGCUACCACUGCUUGCCCAUUGAUUCGAACCUGAACCGCUCUGAUGGUCUGAGCGGAAUCUCAGAGAAGAGCAUUGACCUGAUGGAGACAGCAGAAGCUCACCUGGCCUGUCGCUGCACCGCUCAGAGAGUCACAGCCCCAUCGACCAUGAAGGAGGUUGUGCUCGCCCUGACUCUGGCCUUCGUGGCCCCCGACUUUGCUGCUGGUAAGACCUAUGUGUACAAGUAUGAGGCAUUCCUCCUUGGAGGUCUCCCUGAGGAAGGUUGGGCAAGAGCUGGACUCAAAAUCAGGUCCAAAGUUAUGAUCAGUGCUGAAGCCCAAAACACGUACAUGCUGAAGAUUGCAGAACCUGAACUCUUUGAGUACAGUGGUAUUUGGCCAAGGGAUACUCCAGUCCCAGCAACCAAACUGACUGCAGCCUUGGCACCCCAGCUCGUGAUCCCCAUCAAGUUUGAGUAUACUAAUGGUGUUGUGGGAAAGAUCUACGCACCUGAAAGAACCUCAACUUUGGUGCUGAACAUCUAUCGGGGCAUUCUGAACAUCCUCCAGCUCAACAUCAAGAAGACACACAAUGUCUAUGAGUUGCAGGAGGCCGGUACUCAGGGUGUGUGCAAGACCCUCUAUUCCAUCAGUGAAGACAUCAAGGCUGAACGCAUCCUCCUGACCAAGACCAGGGACAUGACCCACUGUCAGGAAAGGAUCAUUAAAGAUAUGGGGUUGGCGUACACUGAGAAAUGUGACAAAUGUCAGGAGGAAACCAAAAACCUGAGAGGUACGUCGUCAUUCACCUACACUUUGAAGGCAGUUGCAAGCGGUGUCAUGGUCCUGAAAGCAUCCGUCAAUGAGCUUAUCCAGUUUUCACCUUCCUCUGAGAAAAAUGGAGCUGCUCAAAUGGAGACCAAGCAGUCCCUGGAGUUCCUUGAGAUUGAGAAAGUACCUAUUCCAUCUGCCCACGAUGCAUACCGCCACCGUGGAUCCAUCAAGUAUGAGUUUUCAACCGAACUCCUUCAGACACCCCUUCAGCUUGUCAAGAUCGUCAAUGUACAGUCCCAGAUUGCUGAGCUUCUGAACCACCUGAUUACCCACAAUGUGGAGAGCGUCAACGAACAUGCCCCUCUGAAGUUCUUGGAAUUGGUUCAGAUUUUCCGUGCAGCCCGCUAUGAAGAACUGGAAAUGUCCUGGAACCAGUACAAAAAGAUGCCCUCCCACAGACAUUGGUUCUUGGAUGCCAUCCCUGUCACUGGAACCCCCGCUGCACUCAGAUUCAUCAAGGAGAAAUUCCUGGCUGAUGACUUGAGUGUUGUUGAGGCAACUCAGGCUUUGGUUGCUGCUGUUCACAUGGUGUCUGCAGAUGCUGAGACUAUCAAGCUGAUUGAGACCCUGACCGUCAACAAGAAAGUAUUGGAAAACCCAGUUCUGCGUGAGAUUGUCCUCCUUGGCUAUGGUACCAUGAUUUUCAAAAACUGCUCUGAAUUAGCUGUCUGCCCCACUGAGUACAUUAAGCCCAUCCAGGAACGUCUUAGUGAGGCUGUCACAAAAAGUGAGAUCGAGGACAUCAUCCUGCUCAUCAAGGUUUUGGGAAAUGCCGGACAUCCUGCCAGUUUCAAGUCCAUCACAAAGAUCAUGCCCAUUCAUGGCACUGCCGCUGCAUCUCUGCCCAUGAGAGUCCACGUGGAAGCCAUCAUGGCCCUGAGGAACAUCGCAAAGAAGGAACCAAGAAUGGUCCAGGAGUUGGCUCUUCAGCUCUACAUGGAUAAAGCUCUUCACCCAGAGCUCCGCAUGCUUUCAUGUAUUGUCCUGUUUGAAACCAAGCCAUCAAUGGGAUUGGUGACCACUCUUGCCAACACCGUGAAGACAGAGAAGAAUUUGCAGGUUGCCAGCUUCACUUACUCUCACAUGAAGUCCCUGAGCAGGAGCCCCUCCACCAUCCACCCCUCAGUUGCUGCAGCUUGCAGUGUUGCCAUGAAAAUCUUGAGCCCUAAGCUGGACAGACUGAGCCUGCGUUACAGCAGAGCCGUCCACGUGGACGCCUACAACAGCUCCUUGAUGAUUGGCGCUGCUGCCACUGCUUUCUACAUCAAUGAUGCCGCCACCAUUCUGCCAAGGUCCGUUGUGGCCAAGACCAGAGCCUUCCUUGCUGGAGCUGCUGCUGAUGUUCUGGAGAUUGGAGUGAGAACCGAUGGACUUCAAGAGGCUCUCCUGAAAAACCCUGCACUCUCUGAAAACACUGACAGGAUCACCAAGAUGAAGCGUGUCAUUAAAGCUCUUUCUCAAUGGAGGUCCCUGCCCACCACCAAGCCUCUGGCUUCCAUCUAUGUCAAGUUCUUUGGACAAGAAAUUGCCUUUGCCAACAUUGACAAAGUCAUGGUUGAAAAGGCUGUUGCGCUGGCCAGCGGUCCCUCUAUUCAGGAAUAUGGAAAGGAUGCUCUCAAGGCUUUGCUCCUGACUGGUGUCAACUUCCACUAUGCUAAGCCUUUGUUGGCCACUGAAGUGCGACGUAUCAUUCCUACUGCUGCUGGUCUUCCUCUGGAGUUGAGUCUGUACACUGCCGCUGUGGCUGCAGCUGCUAUCAAAAUCAAGCCAACCACCUCACCACGUCUGCCUGAAGACUUCCAUCUCUCAGCCCUGCUGGAGACAGACAUACAGCUUGAGACUGAGGUCAAACCAAGUGUUGCCAUGAACACGUAUGCUGUGAUGGGAGUUAACACCCCCCUCAUUCAGGCCACUCUUGUGUCAAGAGCCAAGCUCUACUCCAUUGUACCAGCUAGAAUCGCUGCAAGACUCAACAUCAAAGAGGGCGACUUCAAGAUCGAAGCUCUUCCUGUUUCUGUGCCAGAGAACAUCACAGCUAUGAGCGUUGAGACCUUUGCUGUAACAAGAAACAUUGAGGAACCUGCUAAAGAGAGAAUCACCCCAUUCCUUUCAAGCAAAGCCCUGGCACCCAUCUCAAGCAUGGCUGACAUUGUCGCUUCUGCCGUUGUCUCCGCUGAGUCUACAUCUGAGGAGAUGAUUCCUGUUGUGGGCGAGAUUGCAAUGAUCAACAAAACUAGAGCAUUUUCUAAGAGGUAUUGUGUCAAGUAUGUUGGCGUUGGACUCAAAGCCUGCUUUAAAGUUGCCACUGAGAAUGGCGCUUACGUCCGGGACAUUCCUCUCUACAAGCUGGCUGGAAGGCAUAAUGUCUCUGUCUCUGUCACACCAAUUGAGGGUGAAGCCAUUGAGAGACUGGAGAUGGAGGUUAAAGUGGGAUCAAAGGCUGCCGAGAAGCUUGUUAGACAGAUCGACCUGGCCGAAGAUAUCCUUGACAGUGCACCUGUCCUGAUGAAGCUCAAGAAAAUCCUGGCUCCCAACAAAAACCGCACCCUGACCUCUUCCAGCUCAAGCAGCUCUUCCUCAAGCCGUUCAUCCAAGUCCUCCUCUUCAUCCUCCAGCUCCUCAUCUCGUCCCAGCAGCAGGGUCAGCAGCAGCAGCAGCAGCAGCAGCAAACGCAGCAGCAGUAGCAGCAGCAGCAGCAGCAGCAGAGGUAGACCCAGCUCUUCAAGAUCCAGCAGUUCAUCCAAGACCAGCUCUGCUUCCAGCCUUCAGUCACUCUUCAGUGCCAGCUCAAGUUCUUCUAGCUCCAGCUCUCGUGCCUCAAAGCGGGUGAUUUCUUUCCCGAAGUUCAAGAAGAACCACAAGGAUCAGGCUCUUACCUCAGUAGCAUCUUCCAGCAGCAACAGCAGUGGCGCAAGCUUUGAAGCCAUCUACAGACAGACCAAGUUCUUGAGCAAGGAGGCCGCCGCCUUAGCCAUCAUCUUCCGUGCUGUUAGAGCUGAUAAGAGGGCCGUUGGAUACCAGAUCUCUGCCUCCAUCGACAAACCAAGUGCCAGACUUCAGAUCAUCAUUGCUUCCCUGACUCCUGAGAACAACUGGAGGUUCUGUGCCGAUGGAGUUCUUUUGAGCAAGCACAAAAUGACAGCUAAAAUUGCUUGGGGACAACAAUGCAAGGAGUACAGCACCAUGGUUACAGGUGAAACCGGUCUUAUUGGUCCCAGCCCUGCCGCUCGUCUCAGAAUGAACUGGGAAAGACUCCCAUCCACCCUUAAACGCUAUGGAAAGAUGGUUUAUGAAUAUGUUCCUGUUAAGAUUCUGUCUGACUUGAUCAGAGCAAGGAGUGAAAACAGCACAAGGAGGAUUUCAUUCACAGCUGUUGCAUCAUCUGAAAGGACCGUUGACCUGAUUGCAAAAACACCAGUGAGUACUGUCUACAACAUGACUGUGCGUCUUCCCGUCUCUCUGCCACUCAGUGCGAUUCAAGGUCUCACCCCCUUUGAAGACAUCAGCUCCAAAAUCCACUACGUGUUUGCCAAGUCCUUUGCAGCUGAAUGUAACUUCACCAAUGACUUGCUGACCACAUUCAACAACAGGACAUUCAGCAACAAGAUGCCAUCCUCUUGCUACCAGGUUUUGGCACAGGACUGCACCGAUGACCUGAAAUUCAUGGUUCUGCAGAGGAAGGAUUCCAUGGAGAAAAACCACAUCAAUGUCAAAGUUUCUGACUUAGAUAUUGACCUUUACCCCAAGAAUGACAAAGUGACUGUGAAGGUUAACGGAAAGGAAAUAGCCCUUGAUAGCCUGCCAUACGAGCAUCCAACAGAAAAUAUCAAAAUCAAUGUAAGCGGCAAAGGUGUUUCUGUGAGAGCAGAAGAACAUGGGCUUCAUGAACUCUACUACAACACUACAUCAUGGAUGAUCAAAGUUCCAGACUGGAUGAAGGGCAAGACCUGUGGUCUCUGUGGGAGAGCUGACGGAGAAGUCAGACAGGAGUACCGCACACCCAAUGGACGCGUGACCAAGAACGCAGUCAGUUUUGCUCAUUCCUGGAUUCUGCCAGCAGAAAGCUGCAGGGACACCACCGAAUGCCGUCUGAAGCUGGAAUCUGUGCAGCUGGAGAAGAAAGUGAACAUCCACGGUGAAGAGUCCACAUGCCUCUCUGUGGAGCCCGUGCUGCGCUGCCUGCCCGGUUGCUUCCCAGUGAAGACCACCCCUGUCACUGUGGGCUUCAACUGCAUGGCCGCCGGUUCUGCUCCCGAGAGCAUGAGCAGCGUCUUCGACCGCAGUGUGGACCUGAAGGAAACCGCAGAGGCUCACCUCGCUUGCAGUUGCACUGCUCAGGUUUUCCACUCCUCCCGGAGGCGCUCCUUCUCCUGCAGCAUGUGGCCAUCGGUCAGCAGGGAGGCCGGCUCCUCAUCACACGGGGAGCUCAGCUGCUGCUGCAGAGAGAGGGACAGCAAGGCCGACUUCCAUUCUGAUCCGGGCAUAAAAGCUCUGCGAACUCCCUCAUCCGGUCCCGUCUCACGUGUUGAGAAUGCCAUGAUCGUCGCCUUUGGUCUCCUCCGAGGGCGGCUGGCUGUUGCCCGUGUCCUGGCCGGAGGUCAGAGGCCUGGUGUUGGCCCGCGUGGACCGCUGCCGCCGGGUGCCGUUGCCAAUGCAUCGCAUGAGGUUCUUGAACGUAGUCCACAUCUCCUCGUCCUUGUAGGAGUAGAUGCACGGGUUCAUGACGGAGUUGAGCACGGCCAAAAGCAGCAGCCAGCGCUUCAGCUUCAUCACCUGACAUCUCUCACAGUUGAGGCCGUCCAACAGGAGGACCACCAGGCCAGGGGUCCAGCAGAAGACAAAGGCCCCUGCAGGAAGAGGAAAUGA